GCAGUCUUUAAUGAACAGGCAAGACCAACCUCCGCUCUCCCAGAAAAGAAGAAAACGCUCAUCUGAAACCCAUCACCUUUCCAGAGUCUUCAGAGUAACCAAGGAUUGAAAAGAACACAAGAGGUAAACUGGUUUCCAGUGCCUCUGGCCUUCCUGUUGAGAGGAAGCAAAAGUGUAUGAAGACUAUUGAAAUAUGUCAGAGACUUCCUCCCAUGACUCUUUCUAUGAUUCCCUAUCAGACAUGCAGGAAGAAAGCAAGAAUGUUGACUUCUUCCCUGAGCUAUCUGCUUUUCUCAGCCAGGAAGAGAUAAACAAGAGUCUUGACCUGGCCCGGAGAGCUAUAGCCAACUCUGAAACAGAAGAUUUUGACUCAGAAAAGGAGAUCUCACAGAUUUUCAACACCUCUCCUGUAAGUGUCUGUGAAAAUCCUUCCCAUAAGGAGACCAAAUUUGGUGAGCCAGCCUCCUCAGGAAGACCUAGUGAUAACAGGCCAACACCUGUCCAGCCUCUGCCAGAACAAACUGACCGUACGUCUUCACCUGCUUCAAAGAGGAAACCUGCCAAAUCACCCCUGCUUGCUAGCCCCAGCUAUAUCCGGAGCCUUCGAAAGUCUGAAAAACGUGGUGCAAAAACUCCCAACACGAGUGUAAAACCCAAACCAGCAUAUCAAGGUAAGACCGGCCCCCAGAGCCAGCUAUGUGACAAGGCGGCUAAUUUCAUCGAGGAGCUGACAUCCAUAUUUAGAGAAGCAGCAAAGCCAAGAAAUAGAAGUCCAAACGGGGAGUCCUCAUCACCAGACAGUGGGUACUUGUCUCCUAAAAAUCAGCCGUCAGCCCUGAUGAGUGCCUCAGCCAGCCAGAGCCCCACCGGAGACCAACAGGAGAUGGAAGCAGAGGUCAAGUUACCCGAAGCCAGGCAUUGCUACCAGGCAGACCAGGACAAGGCAGUGCCAUGCAAUAACAUCUCUCACCCACAGCCCGAGAAUGUGCUCCACUUCCCCUCAGCUCCGCGAUUCAUCCAGAAGCUUCGGAGCCAAGAAGUGGCAGAAGGAAGUAGAGUUUACUUGGAGUGUAGAGUCACUGGAAACCCAACUCCUCGAGUCAGCAGCCCCCUCUCUGACACAAGCGCACCGCGCACACGCGGCCUCUCGGGGAGACGCGGCGCACUCGGCGCGGCUGCAGUCGGGCCGCCUCGCCCCGAGCCUGUUCGAGGGGGCCUGGCCGCCUGGAGGCUUCCCCGGAGCCCCAGCACGCCAAGACGUCUUCCUCGCUGCCUGCGAGGGGCCGGGCUUUGGGAAGCUCGGCUGCCCGUUCGUGUUCUCCGUUGUAGUCCGCAAGCUAGACUGAAUUCAGAGCCUCGAAGUUGCAAGCUGGGAACAGCUGAGAUCUGA